AUGAAGGUCUCUUCCACAAUCCUCGGCUUUGCGGCGGCUGUUGCUGCUCAUGGCAACCACGGUGUUGACCAGGAGCCAUUGAAUGGUCCACAUGAGGACCUUUGGUACAACGUCCUUCCAGGCGACGGCGGUACUCAGGCGGACUCUGUCUUCUCUGGUAUUUCCACGUUCGGUCGCCUUCCAUACAGCCCGUGCUUGAACACACAUGCGAGCUACGACAUCGCAUUCAUUGGCGCUCCCUUUGACACUGGCACAUCGUACCGUCCAGGAGCCCGCUUUGGGCCGAGCGGCAUCAGGCAAGGUUCUCGCCGCCUCAAUCUUUACGGUGGAUACAAUGUCCCACUCAAGGCGAACCCGUUCAACUCUUGGGCUAAGGUCAUUGACUGUGGUGACAUCCCAGUUACAUCAUACGACAACGCCUACGCGCUGCAGCAGAUCGAAGAAGGCCAUAACCUUCUCUUGAGCCGCGCACCACACACCGAUGCUCAAAAGCCCGGCCCAUCCAAGAAGGGCAAGACAUUACCCCGUCUGAUCACCCUUGGUGGUGACCACACAAUUACUCUGCCGUUGUUGCGCUCCAUCAACCGCGAGUAUGGCCCAGUCAGUGUGAUCCACUUCGACAGCCAUCUUGACACCUGGAAGCCCAAGGUCUUCGGCGGCUCUCCCAGUGAGCAAGCCGCUAUCAACCACGGAACCUACUUCUUCCACGCUGCUCAGGAAGGCCUCCUUGCCAACGACUCCAACAUCCACGCCGGAAUCCGCACGACGCUGUCUGGUCCUUCCGACUACGAGAACGAUGGCUACUGUGGGUUUGAGAUUGUCGAAGCCAGGGAGGUUGACAAGAUCGGCACCGAUGGUAUCAUCAAGAAAAUUAGGGACAGGGUUGGUACCACUAAGCCCGUAUACCUGAGUAUUGACAUUGAUACGCUUGACCCUGCUUUCGCCCCUGCUACCGGUACCCCAGAAACCGGCGGCUGGACUACACGUGAGCUCCGCACCAUCAUACGCGGUCUCGAGGGCAUCAACUUGAUCGCUGCCGACAUUGUUGAAGUCGCGCCUGCGUACGAUACUAACGCCGAGCUGACGACCAUGGCUGCUGCUGAUACUUUGUAUGAGGUUAUGACUUUGAUGGUCAUGAAGGGUCCACUCAGUGCAAUGGGAUCGGGAAAGAAGGAGACGAUUGAGCUAUGA